AUGGACAUUCGUAAAGAGCGUCUGGAGCGCUACAAGCAUCCCGAAGACGUCGUUGAGCCUGAGAUCGUAGCCCGCAAACGUCGUAAGAUCACUGUCUAUGAAGCCGUCGCUGGUAAAGCUGGCUACGAGUCUCUUCUCCCAAUUGAGAAGCGAACUGCUACGAAGUACCGAGACACUCAGACAAAUUCCUUGCAAUCUGUACCGCCAGACGAAGUCUUGUUCCGCCGUCAUGGUGCCCCGGAGCGAUAUGAAGAAUCCGACGUCUACAAGGCUCCUCAACCAAAUACCCCUCUACCAGAUUCUGACCUUCUCAAAUUUCUUCACCGAUAUGCAUCCGAGUUCUACUCAAAGGCCACUCCGGACAAAGGGCAGACUGACUUCCAAUCACUGGAUGAGACUGCUUUGCUUGCUUUGGGCAUACUCCUGGAAGAGACAGCUGCUCUGCACCUCGGUGAAACGGGUCAUUCUGCCUUUAUCGAGGACGAGAACGAGGACAUCAUGACUGGUAAGCGGGAAUACUGGGAUGGUACCACAUGGGUCCGGAGCGUCGUCGAAAAGAAGGCUGCCGGCACCUGA